UGCGCCAUUUUAGCGCGUCUCUAGUCAUCCGGGCAAGAUGGCGCUCUCGCUUUGUCUGUCUUGAUCGGCAUAAAAUCAGUAUUUACUCUAGGGAUGCACUCAAACACUUAUUUGACAAGCACGAAGAGAACGACAUUUCUUCUGCUGACAGCCUGACGACAUCUACGAGGUCUGCGCGUGAGAUGAGCACAGAGAUCUUACGGUCCAAUAAGCUGAACACACUGGUUUCUAAACUUCAUGAGUUCUUGGGUCAGUCUCCAGACGACGAAAGCUUUGAAUCUCACAAUACUAAAACCUCCAAUGGUGAAAUGGCCACCAGUGAUUUAAACACCCCAGAGGAGAAAAUGAAUGAGCCCGGUUGUUCCUCAGAUUUGACCAAGUCCUCAUCUUCACGCUCAAAAAGAAAACCUUCAUUUGUGACCAAGCACACAGCCGUAGAGGAAUCUGAAUGUGCCAGUGAAAGCGGUGGUGAACAUCAGGCAGGAGCAGACGGCAAGCAGAGCAGUUUGGACAUCAGCAAGCUACCACAAGGAACAGUUGUGGUGAAGCCAGAGCCAGUUGCUAAUGAAACUAAAGAUGAAUUCAGAGGUCCAGAGUUUCGUAACAGAGGAACAAGUAAAGUUAAAGAAGAAGGUGCACGAAAACGUCCUGAGGAACAACUUCAGGAUAUCUGUAACUGCACAGCAUGUGGACAGCAAGUGAAUCAUUUUCAGAGGGACGCAAUCUUUCAGCAUCCAGCCCUGCAUGUUCUUAUCUGCAAGUCAUGUUUCAAGUACUACAUGAGUGAUGAUAUCAGCAAGGAUGAAGAUGGGAUGGAUGAGCAAUGCAGGUGGUGUGCGGAGGGGGGCAACCUGAUUUGCUGCGACUACUGUAGCAAUGCCUUCUGCAAAACGUGCAUUUUACGGAAUGUUGGACGGAAAGCGUUGUCUGAAAUUAUGAGUGAAGGAAGCAAAUGGCACUGCUAUGUGUGCAGCCCAGAACCACUACAGGACUUGGUCAAAACAUGCGAGACGGUUUUGCUUAAUCUGGAACACACAUAUAAAAAGAACAAAGGAGACGGUGGUGACAAGACCAAACGUGAAGAGCGCAAACUCAAGCAUAGCAAGCGAGAAAAAGCGUCCGUUAACGGACAGGAUCAUUCGUCCGAUGGAGCCGGCACAUUGGCCUUUACUUGUAAAACGAUGAGCGUUCCUAAGGAACUAGUCAAAAAGACCAAGAAACUUAUCGAGACCACGAAUGGUUUGAAUCGUACUUUCGUACAUUUCCUCCAAAGCACAUCGACGGGACACGAAGCAAACGCGUUAAGCUAUAGACACUUGAGAGCUUUUAAAUCAGUAUUGGCUGAUCUAAAAAAGGCUCACGCUGCUUUGGAUGAGUCGCUGGAUAAAGAAUUUGAAACAAGAGGUCUUAAAUUUCAAAACGGAGAGGAGCACAGACCACCUGAGAGUCAGAGUGCAGCUAAAACAGUCGAAAACAAGCACUUGACUGAGCAUCAUGGUGUCGAGGAAGAUGGUUUGGAUUCCACCACCACAGAUCAUAAUCCUCAGAUGGAAGAAAAUAACCAAAUGGAAAGUGAUUCAAAUGAUGUUGAAAUGGAGACUCUUCCUGGCUCGCCAGAAAAAGUUCAGGAUCAGUCCGGAGAAGAUGAAGCCAAAGAUCAGGGGGGGAUUGCUGAUGCUCCUGAGUGUGAGAAUGAAUCCGUGCAGGCUGGUGAAACCUCUCUUGAUAAAGACAUUGUGUCUGUACCGCCCUCCGUUCCAGAUGAACUCUUUGAGAUGGUCGAGAGUCUCGCUGUAAAGAAAGAGGAUGAAAACAACUCUGAAUCUGGUGACUCCAAGUUGACAUCCACCACUGAGUUCAUGGACUCCACUAAAGGUCUCGCAAAACUAGGUAAAAAACUUGUAGUCAAACUGACCCCUGUUCCUCUUAAAAUAACCAUAAAACGAGAUAAAAGCAAAGACGCGUCACUUUCAAAAGAUGUAGAUGGUAACGUAUCACCAGAGGAGGCUGCGGACAGCAGACACUCGCCCAGAAUGAAGACUACACCGUUGCGCAAGUCGCCAGAAGCAAAGAGCAAAAGUAAAACAAAGUCAAUUUCAAAUGAUGAAAAAUGCAGUGCGGUCAAUCAGAGAUGUGAUUCAGACUCCGAUGAAGUCCCAGAGGUCCUGCAGACAGCUGCUUUGAAGGACAGCUCGGAUGAGAGCGACGCAGAAAACGGUGAAAACGGUGCUCCUGGUAAAGGAAGCAGGAAGAAGAGGUCUGCUUCCCGCUCGACUGAAAAAACUGUGAAGCGAAAACUUAUCCAGGGCUCAGCAGACUCGGAAGCGAGCGACGGGACAUCGAAAACAAAGAAACGAAAUGCCAAAAAAAAGAAGGGGAAUGAAUCCGACUCCUCCAACCACAACUCGGAUCUUGAGAAGCAGAUGAAGAGUCUGAGCAAGCUUGGGAGUGAGAAAAAAACAUCUAAAGGUGGCAAGAAGGAAAAAAAUGAGUCUGGUAAAGAGGGCAAGAAGGGCCCUAAAAGGUCAUUUGAGCGCCUACGCAGGUCACAGAGAGGGAAGGCGGACACGAAACAAGAUUCGUCCUCCAGUGAUGAUGAUGAAGGAGAACCGGCUUCAAACUCUGGAGAAGACAGUGAUCAGCAGAAGAUUAAACCAAUAAUCGACUCUGUUAUGGCCAACAUUGAUGGUUUUCAUCAGUCAUCAGGUGAUGAAGGUGAUGUAAAGGCUGAAUCCUCACAGAUGGUGGAUGAUGAUGAUGAUCCAGAGAAUAGAAUUGCCAAGAGAAUGCUGCUGGCUCAGAUCAAAGCCAAUUAUUCAUCUGGAGCUGAAAGUUCCUCAGACGAGGACAAUCUGGACAAAGAUGCAUCAAAAAAACAUAAAGAGAAAAAUGAAAAUGAAGAAGAUGAGGAAGAGGAGGAAACAUCAGACUCCGGCUCAGAUGUUGAAGUGAAGAAGCGUGGAAAGCGUCACCAUUUGUUGCGUAAGAAGGUCACUUUAAGCGAGGGUGACUCUGAUGAUGAGACGACUGUCAAAUCCAAGAAGGACACCAAGAAGAAAAGUAGGCGUAAAGUUGGCAGCGAUGAUUCGGCAGAUUCUGACUUUGAGCGGUCGGGCUCAGCCUCCAGUGAUGGGUCAGCGCUCAGUGAGGCUGUGAGUACAGAUGAGGAUGGAGAGAAGAGCAACAAACGCAAAACACGAUCAUCCAAAGCAUCCAGCAAGGACAAAGAGAGAAGUUACAAGAAAGAAAAGAAAAAACGCAGACGAAUUAAGGUUCAAGACUCAUCCUCAGAUGAGAAGAGCGGAGACGACGAUGAUGAAGAUGGGGAGGGCGAUGAUAAAGGAACGCCUAAAGGUCGCAAGAAGAUCCGCAAGAUCCUUAAAGAUGACCACCUGCGGACUGAGACCAGAGAUGCCCUUAAGGAGGAGGAGGAGAGAAGGAGACGUAUAGCUGAGAGGGAACGGUUAAGAGAGAAACUCAGAGAGACCAUUGUGUUGGAAGAGUCGUCACAGGUCACGUGUCCUAUCACCACAAAGCUGGUGUUGGAUGAAGAUGAGGAGACCAAGGAGCCACUGGUGCAGGUUCACAGGAACUUGGUGACCAAACUCAAACCCCAUCAAGUGGAUGGUGUUCAGUUUAUGUGGGACUGCUGCUGUGAGUCUGUCAGGAAGAUCGAGAAGUCUUCCGGCUCCGGCUGUAUUCUGGCUCAUUGCAUGGGGCUCGGCAAAACCCUGCAGGUGGUGACGUUUCUCCAUACGAUUAUGCUUUGCGAGAAGCUGAACUUCUCCACGGCUCUGGUGGUCUGUCCUCUCAACACCGUGCUCAACUGGCUCAAUGAGUUUUCAAAGUGGCAGGAAGGCCUGACAGAUGAGGAGAGUUUAGAGGUGACUGAGCUGGCCACAGUGAAAAGACCUCAGGAGAGAGCAUACGCUUUACAGCGCUGGCAGGAGGACGGUGGUGUCAUGAUCAUUGGUUAUGAGAUGUACCGCAACCUCACGCAGGGCCGAAACAUCAAGAGCAAGAAACUGAAAGAAACCUUUCAGAAAACUUUAGUUGAUCCAGGUCCAGAUUUUGUGAUCUGUGAUGAAGGUCACAUUUUGAAGAACGAAGCUUCUGCCGUUUCUAAAGCCAUGAACUCCAUCAGGACUCGACGUCGGGUGGUGCUGACAGGAACUCCGCUGCAGAACAACCUCAUCGAGUAUCACUGCAUGGUGACCUUCAUCAAGGAGAACCUGUUGGGUUCUGUGAAAGAGUUUAGAAACCGAUUCAUUAACCCCAUCCAGAACGGUCAGUGUGCCGACUCCACCCCCACUGACGUCCGUGUGAUGAAAAAACGGGCUCACAUCCUCUAUGAGAUGCUGGCAGGAUGUGUACAGAGAAGGGACUAUACAGCCCUUACAAAAUUUCUGCCACCAAAACAUGAGUAUGUGUUGGCGGUACGGUUAACACCGAUUCAGUGCAAGCUGUAUCGAUACUACCUGGAGCACUUUACAAAUAGCGGUUCCGGAUUGGAGGGUGCACGAAGCCGUACAGGGACCAAACUCUUCCAGGAUUUCCAGAUGCUCAGCAGAAUCUGGACUCAUCCGUGGUGUCUUCAGUUGGACUAUAUCAGUAAAGAAAACAAGGGAUACUUUGAUGAGGACAGUAUGGAGGAGUUCAUCGCCUCAGAGACGGAGGAGUCAUCCAUGAGUUUGUCCUCUGAAGACGAGAAGCCCAAAAGGAAGAAGAGACGUGGCAGAGGGAAACAGCAGAGCUCGGAGAACGACAGCGAUGACCUGGAGGUGAUUAAAGAGUGGAACACCAGCUCACGAGGAGGAAACCCUGAGGGCAGGAACAGAGCCGAACCUGUCGAGGAGGUUCGGCCUUCAUCAAACUCCCGCCCCGGCAGCCCGUCACCGGAGUGGUACAAAGAGUUUGUGACCGAGGCCGACUCUGAAGUGCUGGAGCAUUCUGGGAAAAUUUCGCUUCUGUUUGAAAUCCUGCGCAUGGCUGAGGCUGUGGAAGACAAAGUGUUGGUGUUCAGUCAGUCUCUCAUCUCUCUGGACCUGAUUGAAGAUUUUCUAGAGUUGGCAGGCAGAGCCAAAGAGGAAGGCAAACCUUCACCGUACAAAGGUGAAGGCAAGUGGUUCAGAAACCUCGACUACUACCGACUGGACGGUUCCACUAAUGCCAUGACCAGAAAGAAAUGGGCAGAAGACUUUAACGACACCAGUAAUACUCGGGGUCGAUUGUUCCUCAUCUCAACCAGAGCUGGCUCUCUUGGGAUCAACUUGGUGGCUGCAAACAGGGUCAUAAUUUUCGAUGCCUCAUGGAACCCAUCUUACGACAUUCAGAGUAUUUUCAGGGUCUAUCGCUUCGGUCAAGUUAAGACGGUGUUUGUCUACAGAUUUUUGGCUCAGGGAACCAUGGAGGAGAAGAUCUAUGACCGACAGGUGGCCAAACAGUCGCUGUCUUUCCGAGUCGUAGACCAGCAACAGAUUGAACGUCACUUUACGAUGAACGAGCUGACUGAGCUGUACUCGUUUGAGCCCGACCAGCUGGACGAUCCUUCUGAGAAGAAGAGCAAGAGAGCCACGCCCAUGCUGCCCAAGGAUCCUAUCCUGGCCGAAUUGCUCCACAGCUUCAAAGAUCACAUCGUUGGCUACCACGAGCACGACUCCUUGCUGGACCACAAGGAGGAAGAGGCAUUGAGUGAGGAAGACCGUAAAGCGGCUUGGGCUGAGUACGAGGCAGAGAAGAAGGGUCUGACCAUGCGUGUCAACCAGCCGUCUUACUCUCAGAUGGGCAUGGGAUCGCCGAACUACUUCCCCUUCAAUGUGGCUGCUUUGGCCUCCAUGUCCAACCAACAGCUGGAGGAUUUACUUAAGCAGGGCAAACAGAAGGUCUUGGAAGCCACCAGUGCUCUAAAGGUGGUACCCAGGGAGCCGUUGGAGGACAUCAUCGCACAGCUGUGGAAGGAGAAUCCGAAUCUACCGGAGGCUCAGAUUCAGUCUAUGGCUUUGGGGCGACAGGCCAACUGUGAAAUGGAGCUUAAACACCGGGAGGCAGUUUACCGUGAUGUCCUUGGCAAACAACAAACCCUGAUGAUGUACGUGCAGAAAGUGCUUAACAACCGUAAGGUCCAGGAACAGCAGAUAGCCAUGGCGAGACAGGGUAUGCUGCUCAACCAACUGGCCAUGCAGAACGGCCUGACGGCACCCAUGAGUCAGAUGGAGCUUCUCGGUCUGUAUCAGCAGCUCGGGGCGCUCCACGGACUCCCGAGCCCUCAGCUGGGCAAGAAUCCGGGCCCAUCUACGGGUCUGUAAAGAUGCUUCGGCCUGGCCCGCCAUCCCUCUCUGUGUGCUCGUGGCUGGACACGGACUUUGUUAAAGGGUUUUUUUAUGUUGGCAGUUGCCGUCGUUUUUGUGUAUUUAAAAUUAAGGAUAUUCUCCCCAAAAUGCUUUUAGGCAUUGCAAGUUUUUUUCCCUUACAUAAGGGCUGUGCAUAUAUAAAUAAGUCAAUUGCAGGAUAAGCAGCGAGAUUAAAGCGGGACCAUAGCAGAUUUCUGUUUCGUAACCUUAGAGAAGAUUUUGCCCUAGUAAAGACGAAGUCUGCGAUCGGUGCCGAGAUGCCAGUGCUCCAGAGACACUGUGACGGACACCCCGAACGUAACAUCAAGUCAAAUGGCCUUAUAUCAAGCAGCUAAUUCUCUUCAGAUGUUUUAAACACCCCUUUUCUAAAUCUGCUUUUAGGUAUUUAAACUUGUCGUUGCUUUUCAUGCUAUGGAAUGUCUGUAUUGUUAAAACUGCUUGCUCUGGACUUUUGUAACAUCGGACUUUUUCUCGUUGUAGUGUUGCCUAGCAUAUUGUUGUACUGAGUACUGUUCAUGUAUUUUUCGUUUUUUUAUGAUUUUCCCCACGCGAGUGUGGGUUUAAACCUAAUCCGAUGUCUGGCAGCAGGACGUACAGUAGGUACGGUACAUGUUUGUGGAGUUUAAAUGAAGUUCAACCUGUUCUGAUAUUUGCUAACACUUUUCUUAUCAGGUUGAUGAGCGGCCUGUAUUGUUCUCUUCUUUGGCACAUCUCCACUUCGGAUACUAAAGUAGAUGUAUUUCAUUGUUUUUCAUUGGCGACAGUAAGCCCUUUGGUUCGAGCCACAGGUUGUCACUCAGAAAAAUGUAGAGGAACUUUUUGCACUCUUGAAAAUGUUUUCAUGUUAGCAUAUACACUGACAGUUUCUGCCAUUUAAUAUGAUCUGCUACUUAGUAUUUAAUAUAACAGUUCAAUAAAGUGACCAAAAGGACGAGGCUCAUGCA